AUGUCGACGGAAACUCCUGCCGCCGAACGCACUGGUGGGGUUCAGGGCACUACCUCAUUCGCUUCUACAAAUCCUUCUUCCAAAGUAAAUACUACAAGCAAUCAGCAGUCUGCUUCGGUCCCUCCUGCUUGCCCGUACCCUCAUGUUGUUGGCCCUUCUUUUGCACCUCCCAACACACAGUUGAAUCCCGAGGAUGUCCACAGACAACCCCCAGUUAAUAAUUAUAAAAAUAAUCUUGAAAAUAUAGUCACAACAAUGCCUGGUUCCUCUGUUCCUUUACCCCAAGGCCAAUUGGAUCCUUCAGCAAACAAUUCACUCUGUUGUUGCACCACUGUUCAUGGUCAUCCUCACAUACCCCCUACUCUGGUUAACCCUUCCUCUGCCCAGUAUAGACUUCCUCCCAUUUCCACCAUAUUGGGUGGAUCCAUGACAGAUCCUGCGAUCAUGGCAGCAGCUGCCGCUUCAUCUCCUCAUUAUCAUCCUCCCAACUCUAGUUCAGCGGAUGUCCCGCUGCCUCCAAGUUUUCUUUCUCCUUACAACCCUUUUUCUUAUGCAUAUUUUCUUGCAAAAGCGAAUGAAGCCGCUGCCGUUGCUGCUGUACACCAGCAUCAGCCUUCCAAACCCGCUGAUCAGCAUUCUCAGCACUCGCAACACUCACAACACUCACAACAUGUCGAUCCAGUUGCUCAACCCUCAAUUCCUCCAGCUACAAACCCUUGCUCGACAGUCUCGCCGCAUCAGCCGAAUAAUGGCUUUUUAACGUUUCCUUUUCAACCUCCUUAUCUCCCUUUCGUUUGUCCUGGUUGCUCACAAAAUUCGAAUUCACAAAAUCGCUUAAACCCUCAUUCAAAUAAUGAUGAAUUCGUCCGUUGUCCUGCUCCUUCAGAGCACGAAUCGUUCGUUUCACACACUGGAACAGAAGCACAAGAACCAGCUAAUCGUUCCAGCUCAAACGAAGCAGAUCCUCAACGUUCUGAGAACACUCCCAACCGAGCGGUAGACAUGAGUCAUUUUGGAUUGACUCCUGAGGUUCAUUCUUCAUCUCGAAAUGGGUUUGUCCCUGAAAACGCAUCUACAGCCUCGCAAUCAGGGUAUCCACACUCAAAUGGUUUUCAUGAUGCUAUCCUUUCUGAGCUUUCUGCUGCAGCUACCCUCGCACAAAAUAAUCCUAAUAUCACUGGAGCUUCUGAUGGAAAAAGCCAAGCUAAUAAGGAUUCUUCGGCCAUUGACAAGAGAGCGCAUAUUGCAAGGAGACAUUCAAAUUCUCGUAAAUCAAACCAACCAAGCAAUGCAAUAUCAAGUUCAACUAUUCGGUAUCGUUGCACCGAAUGUCUUCAAGGCUUCUCAAGGCCAUCCAGUUUAAAGAUUCAUACUUAUUCCCAUACUGGUGAACGUCCAUUUGUCUGCGAUUAUGUAGGUUGUGGAAAAGCCUUCAACGUUCGCAGUAAUAUGCGACGACAUCAACGCAUUCAUGGUGCGUAA